AUGUCCGCACCGUCGCUCGCCCCGUACAUCCUCAAGCGGCCGUGGCUGGCUAAAUGGUUCCAGCCGCUCGCCAACUGGUACUGCAACGCCGCGGGCUACAGGCAGCUCGGAUUGAAGGCCGAUGACCUGAUUCCCGAAGAGAACGACACCGUCCAGCUCGCCCUCAAGCGCCUGCCGCCGAAGGAGGCCUACGACCGUGUGUUCCGUCUGCGUCGCGCUUUCCAGUGCUCUGUAUCCCACCAGCUUCUGCCCAAGGCCGAGUGGAUCAAGCCAGAAGAGGAUACUCCCUACCUUUCCGUUGUCAUCAAGGAGAUUGAGGCUGAGAUGAAGGAGCGGGAGGACCUCGAGUCCAUGAUUGUCCAGAAGAGGAAUCAGAACGCCAAGGGCCAUUAA